UCUAAUGUGUGGUCACACACACUCACUGUUGUGGAAGCAACGCAUACAAGCUGGUGAACACAAGAGGAGACAUUCUGAGAGAAAUCGUCCCCAGUAUAAACGUAGUGGUCCAAUGCAAGACAUUCUUCGCGGCUCUUCGCUGGAUUCUUUUUCUUGAAAUAGAACAAAGAGGCCGCGGGCAGAGACCAGUGUUGGGUGCUGGGAAGACCUGCUGGGAAGACCUGCUGGGGCCUUGUUCAACAGCAUGUCCAGCUAGUUACCAGCUUCUUGGUGAAUAUUUUAAAGGGAUAGGCGGUGACCAUGCGCUGUCUGGCUGCGCGGGUGAACUACAAGACCCUCAUCGUCAUCUGCGCCCUCUUCACCCUCAUCACCUUGCUGCUGUGGAACCGCUGCUCCAGCGACGUGCCGCUGCGCUUCCUGCCCCGCUCUCCCCCCGUCGCACCCAGCGCCAAGGCGGGCGAUGCCAGCAUCACCAGCCAGCAGCAGCAGCAGCAGCAGCAGCAGCCCCCCCAGUUGCCGGAGCCCCUGCCGGUCGCGGGCGGGUGGGUCAAUUACGAGGAGAUCGACUGCCUGGUCAACGACGACGUGACCGUCAAGGGGCGUCGGGAGGGCGGCGAGGUCUACCUGCCCUUCAGCUGGAUGGAGAAGUACUUUGAUGUGUACGGAAAGGUGGUGCAGCACGACGGGUACGACCGCUUCGAGUUCCAGCACAGCUACUCCAAGGUGUACGCCCAGCGCGAACCCUACCACCCCGAUGGCGUCUUCAUGUCCUUCGAGGGCUACAACGUGGAAGUCCGCGACCGCGUCAAGUGCAUCAGCGGCGUAGAAGGCGUGCCCCUCUCCACCCAGUGGGGGCCCCAGGGCUACUUUUAUGCCAUCCAGAUCGCCCAGUACGGCCUCAGCCACUACAGCAAGAACCUGACGGAGCACCCGCCCCGUGUGGAGGUGUACGACACGGCGGAGGACGAGGACGAGCAGCGCCGGGACAGCCGGGCGUCCGCCAGCGCCCCCUGGACUGUGGCGAAGGGCUGCAGCCUGAGCCGCGUGCACGACAAGGCACGCACUACCGCCGUCAGACAGUUCAGCGCCCCCGAUGCCUCUGAGGGAGUGUCUCUAGCGUUGGGCAACUCCAAGGACUUCAUCCUCAGCCUGGACCUCAAGUUCACCUCCAACGGAAGCUUCUCCGUGGUGCUGGAGACCACCGAGAAGGGCCCCCCCUUCGUCAUCCACUACGUCACCAACACGCAGCUCAUUGCCUUCAAGGACCGCGACAUCACCUACGAUAUCGGGGCGCGCACCACCUGGUCCACGCUGACCCGGGACCUGGUCACAGACCUCCGGAAGGGAGUAGGGCUGUCCAACACCAAGGUCGUCAAGGCCACCAAGAUCAUGCCAAGGCGCGUGGUGCGCCUGGUGCUCCAUGGGCGUGGCUUCGUCGACAACGUCACCAUCUCCACCACCGCCCACACGGCCGCCUUUUUCGCUGCCAGCGAUUGGCUGGUGCGCAACCAGGACGAGCGCGGCGGCUGGCCCAUCAUGGUGACGCGCAAGCUGGGCGAGGGCUUCCGCCCGCUGGAGCCCGGCUGGUACUCGGCCAUGGCGCAGGGACAGGCCAUGUCCACCCUGGUGCGGGCCUACCUGCUGACCCGGGACCAGGCCUACAUGGCGGCCGCCCUGAGGGCCACGGGGCCCUACAAGACGGCGUCGGCGCAGCACGGCGUCAAGGCGGUGUUCAUGAACAAGUACGACUGGUACGAGGAGUACCCCACCACGCCCAGCUCCUUUGUGCUCAACGGCUUCAUCUUCUCCUUGCUGGGCCUCUACGACCUGUCGGAGACGGCGGACGAGAAGCAAGGCCGGGAGGCGGGCCUGCUGUUCAGCCGCGGCAUGGAGUCCCUGAAGGCCAUGCUGCCGCUGUAUGACACGGGCUCGGGCAGCAUCUACGACCUGCGGCACUUCAUCCUGGGCACGGCGCCCAACCUGGCGCGCUGGGACUACCACACCACGCACAUCAACCAGCUGCAACUGCUGGCGUCUAUAGACAAUGCUGCCAUCUUUAAGGACGUGGUGAAGCGCUGGAAGAGCUACCUGAAGGGGGGCCGAGCCAAGCACAAUUAGCCGGGACUAUUACAUUGAUGCGCAUUACGUGAGGAGUAGCUCUGUGUGGGUCGAGUGAGUUGGUGUGUGUGUGUGUGUGUGUGUGUGUGUGUGUGUGUGUGUGUGUGUGUGUGUGUGUGUGUGUGUGUGUGUGUGUGUGUGUGUGUGUGUGUGUGUGUGUGUGUGUGUGUGUGUGUGUGUGUGCGAGUGUUUGCGUGUGGAUGUUUUGGUAAAGGCGAAAUUAGCUCAGGGGGCGCUUGUUAAAUGGAAGCCCUCACAUUUCUGAUGAGCUCUUUUGCAGUCUUUGUUUUUAUAUUUAGUGCAACAUAAAUGUAGCUCUCAUCUCUCUUCAACUAAUGUUUGGAUUUAUGUACAGGCCUAGUUUCUGAGUGCUUGUUUGUCUACGGUGUGUGCAGGCGGUUGGGUGUGAACGUGUGUUUGAUCUGAAAGCAACAAUUUGUGAUGCUAAAGAAAAAGUAAAAUAGUUUGUUAAUUUAUUCACCCAUCAUUCUUUCAUAUCACCAUUGCAGGUCUCCUUUUUAGUUUUUGUUGACUAAAUACCAGAUUUGCAUAGUUUAUAGAAAGCUUUCAUCUUCAAUAAUUUAUAUAUUUGAGGGCGAUACUUGGCAUAAGAAGAGGUUUAAUCAAAUCCAUAUUCAGUGUUUAUUAAGUUGGGUUAUUGUUCAAUUGUUUCUGUUUCUUUCUCCACACUAGAAGAUGGUUUACUUGAACUCGAGAACACACAGGGAACUUGACAUGAUAUUGGAGGGUUUUAAGUAAAGGAGCUUUUUUCCGGAUGCACUCACUGGAAAUAAAAUGGGUGAUCUCCUAAACAAGCUGUCUAAUGGUGCGUCUCAGACCAAUAUAUUGCCAUUGAAAUCUGGAGGGAAAACUUUGCUCCUUAAAUAAAAUAGUCUUCCCUUCUGUGGUCGGCACAUUCUUGUGCAUUGUUCAUGUGAUAGGUUCCUUCUUUCGUUCAGAUUCACCCAACCGAUAAUGACUCUAAUGCAUUGAAGUAUAAAUAGGACAACGUUUCAAAGCGACCCCUGCCUUGUAAUCCUCCAGUUAACACACUUCCAUCCACCGUGCGUUCAGCUGUGUCAGGUCAUUUUCCAAUCUGCCCACCCCUGUUUUGAUUCGAGUGCUUGCCUACUAGCGCUCCCUUGGCUCCCCUACUCACCUGACCGCAAUCGCCCGCCCGUAGUUCAGCUCUUGUUGAUUGCUCUGAGAGUGGAAAGGCCCGACUUUCCGCUGGGGCCGCAGAAGCCAGCGGGCAGCCCCCGCUCUUGUCCCUCCCACUAAUGCCCGACCGCAACAUAAGUGAACCCGUUAUCGCUCCCCGGUGGUAUGCGGCGUCCCUCUUUGCACGGCUGAGGCAAUCAGGUGCUAGCAUGCGAUUGGUCAGUCUGCUUUAAAAAGAAGGCAGCAGUCAAGCUGCUUGCCAGCUUGGCUCAAGUCAUAUGCAUUUCUUUGAUUACAAAUUUGUAUGUAGGCAAUUUUGGAUCAUUGGUAGCAUUGGAGGUGUUCACUUAUGUAGAUUUAAUGUAGAUUUGAAUAUGAUCAACUGUGCCUCCUGAUCUCAGUUCAUUGUUUACUAAAGAAUUCCCGAUAAUUCCAAAAAAUAUAAAGAUGGGUCUUUCUUUCACCCCCAUACCACUCUCCCCAGACAGCCUGUCACUCGUCCCUGUCUUUACACCCUGGCUGUUUGCAGGAGUGAUCGACAGGUGAAUGCAGGGGUAUGCUUGGCUGCACACACAUACACAUACAUAUGCAUAAAUACACACACCAUAUCCAGUCAGCGACGGGAUGCACCUCCCUCUCCAAAAAACAAGGCCAAACUGCCAACUGGCCGAAUAAAGCAACGAUUCUGGUUUCCAUGGUCAUUUCAUUUUAGAGUUUGCUGAGUUUUUUUUUAGUUUUUUUUUGCAUUUCACGGCGAGGUACAAUGCAUGGUGUAAACUAUGAUGAGCCUCAAAUAAUCUUAACGCAAAAAAAAAGUUUUGAAAGGGAAGAGCUGUGACUCAAACUCCUAAACUUGGAGCAUAUUUUUGACCUCUGCUGUCUCUGCCUUCAUCUUCUUGCUAUCUGAUAUAAAUCAUUUUACGUAUAAGCACGCCUUUAGACUGCUAAUGACUGGAGUUGACAUUCAGCCGCAAAGGUUAUAGUUGGAAACUAUGAAAAUGUUAUCCUGGAAAUGAGCCUGCAAAAAGGAUCACGUAAUCGGCAUGUGGGUUUUGUCUUCUGUCUGGUUCAUUUUAUCCUGGUUGGCAUCCUCAAACAAUAGCCUGCCUCUUUGGAAGCCAUUUUGACAGGAUACUGAACAGAAAUGGUUAUUUAAAAAAAUUACAAAUUUGGAAAGGUUUCGACAUGGGUGUGAAUCCUGAUUUUGUGUUCAAAACCAAAGCAUUUUUUUUAUUUAAGUUGACUGUAUAAUUUCUGUUAAAACCUAUUAGCGUUUUAACUCUUGAAAAAUGCUGUAGAAUGCUGACAUUAAUAUGUCUUUUAAAUGUGUCUAAGAGGGGAUGUGUGCAAAACAUGUUUAGAGCAUCAAAUGGCCUCAAUUUUCAGUGGUAGAUGAAUGGUAUAAUACAUUUGCAGAAAUGUACAACCUUUCGCUUGACAUACAACAGCACAACUAUGUAUUGUCUCAUCAAGUUAGUUAGCAUUAUUAUUUCUAUUCUAGCAUUUUCUUCCUUUCAGGAAACCAUAUACAAACCAUUAUUUGUUUAAAAUAAUGUGUUAUUUGUUUUUGUUUAGAAAGCUGCUAUUUUCACAAACUAUCCAGUCCUAUCCUUAUAUAUCUAUUAUUCCUGCUCCCGAAAAAAGACUCACGGGCAUACGACAAGAUGUGGUCGUGUGAUUUAUGCAAUAAAAUGUUUGCUGGGGGUCGUUGCACCACGGGGUGCCCUAGAGAGAGAAAGGGAGAGGGAGAGCGGUUGUACAGAGCUGUCUAUCUAAGCACAAUGUGCACAUGCUACCAUUUUUGUAUUCAAAGGUAAAAGAUGUGUUUAUAGAACUAUUUGUGCUUUAAUGAAAAAUGCCUUUUGACGUUAAUAAAAGCAUUUUCUUAUGAGUAUUUAUCCGUUUUCGUUUGAUCCUUCAUGUUUAUCUGUCGCCGACCCACCCGUAUGUGAACCUUACAAUGGGUUUUUGCAUCCCUGCUCGAGACUCUUUGAAACGGGGUGCCAUCGGCAUGGUGGCUAAGAUGGCAAGUACUUACAUCAACAAACAAGUCAACAACACAAUAAGGCAAGAACUAUUGAUGGUGGUCCUCUAAUAUUAUGGUUGGAGCUCAACUGAUCUAGCUUUGGUAACCUGGCUACUGUAGUAUACUCACUGCCUAACUGAGUAUUGUGUGCAUGUAGACCUAAUCUGAAGCGAUUCUGGUAUGGUGUUUCCAUGGUUUCUGCCAUGGGUGCGCCACCUAAAAUUCCAAGGUUCUACACAUGAGACUUAUUGGUAACCUUAAAGGGCCCUGAGGGGUGAGUAUGCUGUGUGUGACCUGAAUAAUUAUGGUCCUCCUUCCUCUUAUAAGUAACGUGGGACUGAUUAAAAAGUAAAAAAGAUGGUUGCUAUUAAAGCUUGAGACAUAUUGCACUAAUGUAUUGCAUCACAAAUUGCCACACGUAUCUCCAAUAUAGAGAUGCUCUUCUUUCCACUUAUUUAUUUAUUUGGCACAUUAACAAUACACAACCCUUCUUGGUAUUUGGUCUUGGUAUUUUGAAAUUGUUCAGAAAAUCCAAAAUGUGUUUGAACCUGCGAACCCUCGAGACGCUGACAUUUUACAUUCUCCUCAGGUAA